AUGGGACAGACCGAUUCUAAGCCUAAUCAAGGUGCACACGAUGCAUCUUUGACAUUGUCAAUGGAUGCAGAGUUUCUAGAGAUCAACGGUCGUCAUCUGGUUGCAUUCCCAAUGCAGCUGAACCAACUCACUAAACUAAAGACACUGUCUCUGGCACACAAUAACAUACAGAAAUUGGAUGGAGUAUCUCAAGUGCUAACUCUUGAAGAUUUAGAUUUAUCAUAUAAUUCAUUGCAAUUGCUAUCUGAUGAACUGUAUCAUGUUGUCAACUUGAAAAAGUUGAAUAUAUCAUUCAAUCAAUUACAAUCGAUUGGUGCCAAUAUAGCGCUAUUGAAACAACUGAAGGUGUUAAACUUGUCAAACAAUCAAUUGGUAGCCAUUCCCAAAGAGAUUGGACAAUCUUUAUCUUUACAGAUAAUCAAUAUUUCAUUUAACAAAUUGGAAGCAUUACCAAAAGAGAUUGGAUUAUUAAAUCAAUUGACAAAGUUAGUUCUUAAUAAUAAUAAGAUCGGUACACUACCUUCGGAUAUCGGUAAAUUAGGUCAACUUACACUGUUGGAUCUGGCAGAGAACGAGUUGAAAUCAUUGCCACAUGAAAUCGGUCAACUUAAACAAUUGGCAAAGUUGUAUUUGGAUAAUAAUGAUUUCUUAGUGCUGCCAAGUGAAGUUGGUCAGCUUUCAGAGUUGAAAGAGUUGAAUCUUCGUAGUAAUCAAUUGGUUGACUUGCCGAGUUCUAUGCACAAACUCACAAAGCUAACGUUGGUCGAUCUCGAAGACAAUCAGUGGGAGAGUAGCCAGUAUCAAGCCACUGACAUUCCACAGCUGCUUGCCUUUCUAAAGACCAAACGUGAUAUCGUCAACAAGUCGCGAAAGGCAACCUCCAAAGAGUAUAGAAGAACACUGGAGCGACAGAAAGUCGAAGAGAAGAAGCGCAACAGUAUCAACACUCUCUUUGAGACAGAGUUUACUUUUAUUGGCAAUAAGAAGUUGUUUUAUCGUAUCGUAGAGGACAGUGUAAAGGUUGUAGUAAUACGUCAGAACUUGACAGAGUGUCGAGUGAAUGACAGCGAUUGUUUCAUCUUGGAUAUUGGUAAGCAAAUCUAUGUUUUCCUCGGUAGUUACUCUAGCCAGAGAAAACGUUUGAAAUCUACUCAUUUCGCUGAAUUGAUGCUAAAGGAAUCCAGUGCCAAAGAGUUGAUUGUAAUGGAUAACAAGACAAAACGUGAAGAUCAAUCGGAUUUCUGGAAACAGCUGGGUGGAAAAUACUCGGUUAGCAAAGAGGCGGAGAUCGACGAUCAAUCUACUCUCGACGAUCGUAUGCUCAUGAUAAAGAUGUUCAAAUUCACAGAGGACAAAGGUGGUCGUAUAGAUAUCCAGGCAUAUAUGGGUGAGGAGUUGUACCGCUCGAUGUUGGAGAGCAGCAGUUGUGCUGUACUCGACACUGGUUCCGAUAUCUUUGUUUGGUCGGGAACUUAUUCUACGAUGAACGAAAAAUCAUGGUCAAUGUUGAAAGCCGAAGAAAUGCUUGGUCAUCGACGUGACUCUGCUGAGAUUCUCUGGAUUAUGCAGGGUGAGGAGUCACUCAUCUUUAGAGAACACUUUGUUGAUUGGAUCGAUUAUGCUUGGGAUCCUGAAUGGGUGCGCAGACUCAAGGCUCAGAACGAAGAGGAAGAGAUGUUGCGAGCAGAGGCAGAACGUGAGAGAAUGCGUAUGGAGAAAGAAGAACUUGAAAUGGCAGAAAAGGAACUUGAAAGAGAGAGACAAGAGAAAGAACAGAACCAAAUAUUGAAGCAACAACAGCAACAACAACAACAACAGACUCAAACUACAACAGUUGUGGUUCAACCAACAACUACUUCUUCUCCUUCUUCAGAACCUAAAUCCGAGAGAGAAAGAUUAAAAGAAAGAGAGAAAGAAAAGAUUAGAGAGCGUCAGAGACAGAGAGAGUCAAGUGCCAAUCAACUACCAACUUCGGCUACCUCGACUCCAUCAUUGACACCAACACCAAUGACACCAGCACCUUCGAGUCCAGUUGUAUUACCAAACCUUCCAAUUACAGAACCAAAGAAGACAGAGUCUGUAUCGAAACCAGAGCCAGUUGUUGCACCUGUUAAACAGCCAGCGGCAGUAACCCAACCUACAGCAACAGUCUCUCCAAAACAAGAACCAGCAAAGUCAACAACUAUCUCUUUACCUGUAGUAACAAAGCCUGCCGCUGUUGUUACACCACCAGCUGUUACAACUACACCUACCAAGACAGCAGUCACCCCCACACCAACAGUCACUCCAAAACAAGAACCAAUUAAACAAGAACCAAUUAAACAAGAACCAGUUAAAGUUCAACCAACAACAACAGUUUCAAUUUCAAAUGAAUCACCAAUUGUUCCAGAACAAAAUGUUAAUUUACUAGCACCACUUCCAGAGAAAGCAGGAUCGAUCGCAAGAAAACCAGCAACAAAGAAUCCAAUUCGUGCCAGACAAGAGAGAGCUGCUGCAGAGGAAGAGGCAGCCAAGUUGAGAGAAAAGAAUGAAAAGCGAAAGUCUACAACAUCAGCAACAGGUACCACUGGUUUACUUCAGGCAUUGAGUUCCGAUGCUGAAAAGAUGUUUAUGAAGCGUCGUGAAGAAGCAGAGAACAGAGGACAACAAGGUAUCACCGCUUUGAUCAAUCUGGCACCAAAAGAUCAACCAAAACUCUUACAUGUAAAAGGUAGAAGAUCGCCAUUCGUUCGCCAAGUAGAAUUGAGCUAUCUAUCAUUAAAUAGUGGUGACGUAUUCAUUUUGGACUGUGGAAAGGAGAUGAAUCUUUUGUAUCAAUGGAAUGGUUCCGAGGCAAACAGAAUCGAAAAGGGAAAGGGUAUGGACAUUUCAAAGUCGAUCAAGGAUAAGGAACGUGUUGGAUGUCGUGUUUUGUUGAUCGACGAGGGUAAGGAGCCAGACGAGUUUUGGAAGGUCUUGGGUGGAAAGGGACCAAUUGCCGAUGCAUCGAGCGCAGGUGAUGAUCGUGAGGCAGAGCUCAAUAUUCGUAAGCACGUCAAUCUUUAUCAGGUGGUCACCACCGAUCCAAAUCAAACACAAUUCGAUCUGAUGCCAAUGGAAGGUCGGCUAUCAAAGAAUAUGCUACAAGGAACAGACUGUUAUAUCCUCGACUGUGUAUCAGAGUUGUUUGUUUGGACUGGUUCGUCCUCCACGUUGAAAAUUCGUAAUGGUUCACUCAAGAUGGGAGCUGAUAUGCUGGAGAAGCGUAAAAACAAUAUCUGGGUGUCUGCAUGUCACCGUGAAUUCCCAGGAAGUGAACAGGUUUUGUUUAAAGAACGUUUUCCAGAUUGGGGAGGAUCCAUUCCCAUCAUGGUUCAACAGACACCGGUUGGUCUAAAUACUGCCACCGCUAAAGCACAGGUCAAGAUUGAUGUAGCCACUAUCCUGAAGCCAAAGGCAGAGAAAGAGGAGGUUGUAAUCGACGAUGGUAAUGGAAAGAUUACUUGCUGGCGUGUUGAGGACUUUACUAAGAUCCCUGUUGACGCUUCGCGUUACGGUCAUUUCUACAGUGGUGACAGCUAUGUCAUUCUCUAUACCUACAUCUAUAAGAAUAAGGAUUGCUUCCUCAUCUACUUCUGGCAAGGAAAGAAUUCAUCGAUCAACGAAAAAGGAUCUUCAGCUUUGCUUACGAUGGAGUUGGACGACACCCUCAAAGGCAUGGCCAAAGAAGUUCGUGUCGUUCAGAAUAAGGAGCCAAAGCAUUUCCUAUCUAUUUUCAAAUCCAAAUUCAUUGUUCAUCAAGGAAAGGAUCCAAUGUCAAAGGGUUACAAAGCACCAGAACCCAAUCAAUUCUCACUCUAUCAUAUACGUGGUACUUCUGCAAUGAAUACUCGUGCCGUGCAAACCUACACUUCUCCACACUCGCUUAACUCCUAUGGUACAUACGUUUUAGCAAGUAAUAAUGGUUCAAACACCUUUGUUUGGUACGGUAAAUUGUCAAAUGAGUUGGAAAAAUCCUAUGCCAAGAGUAUCGUAGGGCAGUGGUCAUCUUCAAAGACUGUCGAACUCAAUGAAGGACAAGAGACAUCUGCUUUCUGGGACUCAAUUGGUGGCAAGGAAAUUCAUCCAAAGAUGAAGUUAUCAAGCAGAGUAGAACCAAGAUUAUUCUCAUGUUCAAUUGGUUCAGGAAUAUUUUUAGUUGAGGAGGUUCACUCUUUUGCACAAGACGAUUUGCUUCAAGAAGAUGUCUAUAUCAUCGAUGGAAUUGAUCACAUAUGGGUAUGGAUUGGUACUGAGACAACAGAGACAGAACGAAAGAUGGCAAUGGAGCUAUCACUUGACUAUGCAACAGCAUUACCAGCAUGGGAUGGACGAAAGGACAUAACUGCUUACACUAUAUACUCUGGAAAAGAACCUUUUAUUUUUACGUCAAAUUUCCACGGGUGGGAUUUCGCAAAACGAAAAUCACCACUUUCUUAUGAGAGUGAUAUUACCUUGAUGAAGAGUUUUACAAGUUGUUCAAUAUGA